AGAUGGGAGCAAGAGAAGGGGCGAGGGAGAGAGAAAGACAAAGCUAUGAGAUUCGUCUGUGUGUUUUACCUGCUUUUACUCCUUCCAGCUCAGAGCAUCAACACCAGACGGAGCAAUGUGGAGCUGGAACAGAAGCUGCGGGACACGUUUGCCAAGAGGAAUGCCAUUCUGCACCAGCUCUCCAGUCCAUCACAAGAGCGGGAUGCCACAAAAAGAUACUUUGAGGUCAAGGUCUUGAAAAACAUAGAGGCAUUGACCAAGAAUGAUGUCCAGAAAAUUUUGGAACUCAACCAGAAACAAAGAGCAGAGAUGAAGUCUGUCCAGCUGGCCUUGAAGAAGCAGCUGGAGGAAGCCACAGAGAGAGAUAAGAAAGAACAGGCCACUAUCAAUUUACUCAAGAUGGAAAUGGAGAAAAAGAGCAAAAUCAUCAAGAGCUUACAGCAGGAGAACAAAAGUCUGAAGAACAAGCUUCUCUCUGGCAGCAAGCUGUGCGGUAUCCAUGCAGAUGAGUCCAGGAAAAUCCAGGCGCAGCUGAAGGAGUUGCAGUACAGAAAAAAGGAUUUGAUUUUUAAGGGACAGCAGCUGGUUGACUUGGAGCUCAGGCUGGCAGAGGCCAAGAAGGAACUGGACAACGCAGCACUGGACAAGGAAUCCCAGCUCAAAGCCCUGAAGGACACUGUGCACAUCUGCUUCUCCUCUGUCCUUCACAACCAUCCCUACAAGACCUACCAAGUCCCGGUGGCAUCUUCUGACAUAGUGAAAUACUCAACCCUCAUCAAUACCUCUAGGGUCACUUUCCAGCAACCCCGUGAGAAGGAUAUCCCUAAAAUUCUGAGAAUAGUCACGAAUAAAGCACCUUUGGAUUUAGCAGCUCCGGUGACAGAUAGCAUGCAGUACAGGAGCAGCCACACAGAGAAGAAUCCUCAAGAUCACCCAAGAGUCGAAAACGACGCGGACAAGUAUACAGAGGGCGCCAAGAAAACAGAAGCAACCAGCACGAAGUUACUAAUGGAGAAACACAAGUGAAGACGUAAAAAGAAAAAAAAAAAAAUGCUGUAAAUAACCGUAAGGACAUUCCGAAUACUUCUUAUGUCAGUUUAGUUUCGAUUUGGUACAAAGGCAUGCACCCCCUCUCUGCCGUGCCCCAAUUUGUGAUUUUUCUGAAACAAACCUCUAGGAAAUGGCACAUACUUUAUGCACCCCUGGGGUUUAGUUUUUAUAUGCUUUCAGCUUUGUGUUGCAGUUAUUUUUUUCAUAGCCAAAACAUCACUUUCAUAAAUAUUUUUGUAAUAUUUUCAAACCAGAUGAGACUCCUUCAACUGAGAUGAAAUCAUGAUAAAGUCAGGAAAGAAGGAUCAUUUUUUUUUUUUUUUUUAUGACUGAAGUGUUAUUUCCAAAAUGACUGAGGCAUGAUCUUGUACUUUCGGCUCAUUGCAACAAAGGGCUUAAAUCCGUCCUCCCACACAACACAAACUAUGGCUGGGCUGUAUUCAGUCCCUAAAUUAAACCCUUGGAGCUAUUUGACCUACGCAUGUUAAGCAGACUGGUGGGUAGAGGGCCAGGAAAAUGGCAGGAAUCGCGGGUCACUGGUGUGGGAGGAGACAAAUUCAUAGAUGUGUGAACAAAUAUCUACAAUUGAACAGUU